CCAACCAUAAUCAUCACACUCUUGGUUCGUAACUGCAUAAUGAUCUUGGCUGGAAAUCAAUCAACAGAGGGGAAUUCGAGAUCAUCUUGCAUGAUCCCCGCAUUCCAUAAUGGUGGUGUUGAUCGGUAAUGAAGGAGGCCUCCCUAUCUUUACGUCAAGAUUUUCCCCCAUAAAAAAGAGAAAGCGGAGAUUUAAAAACAGGGGAGCGCAGAGCGAAACGCUUCAUUCGCACUCCUGGUCUGAGAACAGAGGAAUUUCUAUUAUAUCCGUGUUAGUUUUAAGUUGCAGAAGAAGCAGAGAGCAAUGGGGCUCUCCAUUCAUUCCCAUUUUCUCCUCUCGGUCCUGCUUUUGUGUCUGGUGCAUUCGCCCACCUUUGCCUUGAAAAAGCCUUACAUCGUGUACUUAGGAUCUAAUGCACGCGAUCCAGGACUGACCGCAGCAGAUAUUGAAAGGGUCACCAAUUCUCACUAUGAUUUACUGGGAUCAUGCUUGGGAAGCAAUGAGAAGGCUCAGGAGGCAAUUUUCUAUUCAUACACUCACCAUAUCAACGGUUUCGCUGCGACUCUCGAAGAGGAUGAAGCAGCAGAAAUUGCCAAGAACCCAAAUGUCUUAUCUGUGUUCCUAAGCAAAGGAAGGAAAUUGCACACAACAAGGUCAUGGAAUUUCUUGGGGCUAGAGAGAAAUGGGGUGAUUCAUAAGAGUUCCAUUCUGAGGAAGGCUAGGUUCGGUGAAGAUACAAUCAUCGGCAACCUCGACACGGGUGUUUGGCCAGAAUCGAAGAGCUUUAGCGAUGAAGGGAUGGGUCCUAUUCCGGAAAAGUGGCGCGGAAUCUGUCAGCAGGGCAUAAAAGAUGGAUUUUCUUGCAACAGGAAGCUGAUAGGAGCGAGGUACUUCAACAAAGGAUAUGCUGCAUAUGCCGGACAUCAUCUUAACUACACAUUCCACACUGCACGGGAUCAUGAGGGCCACGGUUCCCAUACUCUGUCGACAGCGGGAGGAAGCUUUGUCCCAGGAGCGAGUGUUUUUGGGAAUGGCAAUGGAACAGCUCAGGGAGGAUCUCCCAGGGCCCGUGUUGUGGCGUACAAAGUAUGCUGGCCGCCAAUCGAUCAGCAUGAGUGCUUUGACGCGGACAUCUUGGCAGGAUUUGAUGCUGCGAUAAGCGAUGGCGUCGAUGUUCUAUCGGUGUCUUUAGGCGGGGAUCCAGGCGAGUUUUUCAUGGAUGGAAUUGCCAUUGGAUCCUUCCAUGCAGCUAGGAACGGGAUUCUUGUGGUUUCUUCUGCCGGCAACUCCGGGCCCCAAUUGGGGACCGUGUCUAAUGUUGCUCCAUGGAUGAUCACUGUUGCUGCAAGCACGAUUGACCGGGAAUUCACGACGUAUGUUGCUCUUGGAGACAAGCAGCACCUAAAGGGCUCGAGCCUUUCGGCCAAUGGGUUGCCAUCCAAUAAAUUCUAUCCACUAAUCAGCAGUGCAGAUGCGAAGGCUGAAAAUGUGUCGGCCACAGAUGCUUUGCUCUGCAAGGCCGGAACCCUCGACCGCAGCAAGGUGAAGGGGAAGAUCUUGGCAUGCCUUCGAGGUGAUAAUGCGAGAGUCGACAAGGGCCAUCAAGCUGCGCUCGCAGGUGCUGUUGGGAUGGUUUUGGCUAACGAUGAAGCAAGUGGAAAUGAAAUCAUUGCUGAUGCUCAUGUUCUUCCUGCUGCUCACAUUUCUUUCGUGGAUGGGCACGUUCUCUUCGCUUACAUCAACUCCACAAAGAAUCCAAUGGCUUACAUGACUGAUGUGAAGACAAUGUUGAACACGACACCUGCUCCAUUCAUGGCUUCCUUCUCAUCCAGAGGACCAAACACCGUCGAGCCGGCAAUCCUUAAGCCCGAUAUAACUGCACCGGGAGUGAACAUCAUUGCGGCUUAUACAAUGGCAGUUGGUCCGACAGGUCAAGAUUUCGACAAGCGUAAAACGCCUUUCAAUGCAGAAUCCGGCACCUCCAUGUCCUGUCCUCAUGUGUCCGGCAUCGUUGGUCUCCUCAAAACCCUCUAUCCCAGUUGGAGUCCUGCCAUGAUUCGAUCGGCAAUCAUGACAACCGCAAGAACACGAGACAACAAGGCAGAGCAGAUGCUCGAUUCAUCUUUUGUCAAGGCUACGCCAUUUUCCUACGGUGCUGGACACAUCCGGCCAAACCGUGCGAUGGACCCUGGUCUCGUGUAUGACUUGACGGCCAACGACUACUUGGAUUUCCUAUGCGCCCGAGGCUACAACGAAUCCCAACUGAGAUUAUUCACCAAUGAGACUCCCAAAUGCUCCAAACAUUUCAAUACGGCGGAUAUGAACUACCCUUCCAUCACCGUCCCAGAUCUCAACGGCACCGUGGUGGUCGCAAGAAGGGUGAGGAAUGUGGGCACCCCUGGCACGUAUCAUGCACGCGUUAAGGCGCCAGCAGGAGUGUCGGUCUCCGUCCAACCGCAGAGCCUGGUGUUCCGAAGGCGUGAUGAAGAGAAGGAAUUCAAGGUGGUGUUGAAACCUAAUGUUGCCGGCAAGCCCGUUGAUUCUGUGUUUGGACGGUUGAUCUGGUCUGAUGGAGUGCACUAUGUGAGGAGUCCUCUGGUUGUGAAGCACCAGUAACCAGGAUAAACUUUAAGGUGGCUGAACCUGAACCGCUGUCCCAAUUUACCUCAACGUCCUGCAAAUUCAAUCUGUUAGCUAUGCGUAAAAUCCGUAGAAGAAACAAAAGAAACAUGAGGAACUAUGAACCCUACAUUGCAGAACCAGCUCGAUCUAAGAUCAGAUCAAACACAUCGAAAUCAGGACAAACAUAAUGGGUAAAUCACCAACCAGAUAAGCUGGCUACAGACAAUCCAGGCUCCAUCUGCAUUUCCAUUUCCUCCUGGUAUCUCAUCCUCUCGACUCAUUUUCGGAUCUUUGGUUUCAUUCCACUUUAUAUAACGAGAGAGGGAGAGCUUUAUCAACACCUACCUAAUGUUCUUGCCUUAGGCAUUCGAAGAGAUUUCCAUACCCUUUGGUAAUUUGGGUGAACCAACCUAG